GUGAGCGCGGGGAGCCCGGGAGCGCGGCUGUGCGCGCGCGCGGGGAGGGGCCGCGCCGUCACCCGGAGAGCCCGGCGCGCGGAGCCCGGACGCCGCCGCGCACCUCCGCUCCCCGCCUGCCCGGCUCCAGCCGCCGCCGCCGCCGCACGGAGCGGCGGCAUGGAGGCUCUCACCACCCAGCUGGGGCCGGGGCGCGAGGGUAGCUCCUCGCCCAACUCCAAGCAGGAGCUGCAGCCUUACUCGGGCUCCAGCGCUCUCAAGCCCAACCAGGUGGGCGAGACCUCGCUGUACGGAGUGCCUAUCGUGUCUCUGGUCAUCGACGGCCAGGAGCGCCUGUGCCUGGCGCAGAUCUCCAACACCCUGCUCAAGAACUACAGCUACAAUGAGAUCCACAACCGCCGCGUGGCCCUGGGCAUCACGUGCGUGCAGUGCACGCCGGUGCAGCUGGAGAUCCUGCGGCGCGCCGGGGCCAUGCCCAUCUCCUCGCGCCGCUGCGGCAUGAUCACCAAGCGCGAGGCCGAGCGCCUGUGCAAGUCGUUCCUGGGCGAGCACAAGCCCCCCAAGCUGCCCGAGAACUUCGCCUUCGACGUGGUGCACGAGUGCGCGUGGGGCUCGCGCGGCAGCUUCAUCCCCGCGCGCUACAACAGCUCGCGCGCCAAGUGCAUCAAGUGCGGCUACUGCAGCAUGUACUUCUCGCCCAACAAGUUCAUCUUCCACUCGCACCGCACGCCCGACGCCAAGUACACGCAGCCCGACGCCGCCAACUUCAACUCCUGGCGCCGCCACCUGAAGCUCAGCGACAAGUCGGCCACGGACGAGCUGAGCCACGCCUGGGAGGACGUCAAGGCCAUGUUCAACGGCGGCACCCGGAAGCGGACCUUCUCGCUGCAAGGCGGCGGCGGCGGCGGCGGAGGGUCGGGGGGGGCAGGGAAAGGGGGCGCUGGAGGCGGCGGCGGCGGCGGGGGAGGCCCGGGCUGUGGUUCGGAGCUGGCCCCGGGCCCGCCGCCCCACAAAAGCCUGCGUUGUGGGGAAGACGAGGCCGUCGGACCUCCUGGGCCGCCUCCUCCCCACCCGCAGCCGCGGGGACUCGGUCUGACGGCGGGAGCCGGCGGCCCUGCGGGGCCUGGUGGAGGCGCCGCCGGCGUCCGCAGCUACCCGGUGAUCCCGGUGCCCAGCAAGGGCUUCGGCCUCUUGCAAAAGCUGCCCCCGCCCCUCUUCCCACACCCCUACGGCUUCCCCACGGCCUUCGGCCUCUGCCCCAAAAAGGACGACCCUGUGCUGGGGGCAGGCGAACCCAAGGGCGGCCCGGGCUCCGGGAGCGGCGGGGGCGCGGGCGCCGGCGGGGGCGCGGGCGGCCCAGGAGCCGGCCACCUGCCCCCGGGGGCCGGGGCUGGCCCGGGGGGCGGCGCCAUGUUCUGGGGUCACCAGCCCUCCGGGGCAGCCAAGGACGCGGCGGUGGCUGCCGCGGCCGCCGCGGCCACCGUGUACCCGACGUUCCCCAUGUUCUGGCCGGCGGCGAGCAGCCUCCCGGUGCCGCCCUACCCGGCGGCGCAGAGCCAGGCGAAGGCGGUGGCGGCCGCCGUGGCAGCCGCAGCGGCGGCGGCGGCGGCGGCGGCGGGGGGCAGCGGCUCGGAGCCUCUGGACGGCGCGGAGCCCGCCAAGGAGGGCGGCCUGGGCGCGGAGGAGCGCUGCCCCAGCGCGCUGUCCCGCGGGCCGCUGGACGAGGACGGCGCGGACGAGGCGCUGCCGCCGCCGCCGCUGGCCCCGCUGCCGCCGCCGCCGCCGCCGCCCGCGCGCAAAGGCUCCUACGUGUCGGCCUUCCGGCCGGUGGUCAAGGACGCCGAGAGCAUCGCCAAGCUCUACGGCAGCGCCCGCGACGCCUACGGCGCGGGGCCAGCCCGGGGGCCGGGGCCGAACGCCGGGGCCGGCGGCGGCGGCGGCUACGUGAGCCCGGACUUCCUGAGCGAGGGCAGCUCCAGCUACCGCUCCGCCUCGCCCGACGUGGACACAGCCGACGAGCCCGAGGUGGACGUGGAGUCCAACCGCUUCCCCGACGACGAGGGCACGCCGGAGGAGGCCGAGCCCGGCGCGCCCGGCGCGGGAGGCGGCCCGGACGGAGAGCCGCUCGCGGGGCCCCCAUCGGCCACCUCCUCGGGCGCGGAUGGUCCUGCAGACUCUCCGGGCGGCGGCAGCCCCGGCCCCCGGCGCCGCCCGGGGCUGCCCCCGGCCAGCCGCUCCGUGUUUGGGGACCUGGUGGCCGACGACGCGGCGCGGAGACCGGAGAGGAGCCCGCCGAGCGGGGGCUACGAGCUGCGAGAGCCCUGCGGGCCGCUGGGGGGCCCCUCGCCGGCCAAGGUGUACGCGCCCGAGCGGGACCAGCACGCGAAGAGCGCGGCGGCGGCGCUGGGACCCGCGGCCUCCUACCUCUGCGCCCCCGAGGCCCACGAGCCAGAAAAGGAAGACAAUCACUCGACCGCCGCUGACGAUUUGGAAGCGAGGAAAUCCUACCCAGACCAAAGGAGUAUCUCCCAGCCAAGUCCUGCAAACACAGACCGAGGCGAAGAUGGGCUCACCCUGGAGGUCACAGCAACUCAGCUGGUGGAGAAGGAUAUCGAGAACCUGGCCAGAGACGAGCUGCAAAAACUGCUCCUGGAGCAAAUGGAGCUCCGCAAGAAGCUGGAGCGAGAAUUUCAGAGUCUCAAAGAUAAUUUUCAGGAUCAAAUGAAGAGGGAAUUGGCUUAUCGAGAAGAAAUGGUGCAACAGCUGCAAAUUGUCAGAGACACUCUGUGUAACGAACUGGACCAAGAGCGGAAGGCGCGCUAUGCCAUCCAGCAGAAGUUAAAAGAAGCCCACGACGCCCUGCACCACUUCUCCUGCAAGAUGCUGACCCCCCGCCACUGCACUGGCAACUGCUCCUUCAAGCCCCCGCUGCUGCCCUAGGGCCGGCCCGGCCGUGCCCACGCGCCCUCAAGCCAUGCUGCUCUCUCUCUUCUGUAAAUACCUGCGGCCAAGGCGGCCGAGAGCGUGGAACAAGCCAUUGGGACCGGAGCGAUGUAAAUACAGCCUCCCGCCCGCCCUCCUGCCGGGCGCCUGGGCCCUCCCCGCCCCCCACCCCCGGGUGCCCCAGCCCAGGGCCCCGGCCCGGUUUCCAAGUGUAAAUACCAUUUCGCCCCCCUCCCGCCCCCGGCUGAACUCCAGGGCAUUGGACCUCGUGGGUUACCUGGACAGAGGGGAUAAGAAAGGCGAGGGGGAGACUACCCUUCGCCUCUGGACAGCCUCCUCGGACCCCAGUUGUGAUUACAACGUAGCAACUUGGCUGGCGCCGGCCCGCGCGGUCCCGUCACUCCUGAGACUUGUUCCUAAUGACAAAGUGGCUAUGUGCAAUGGAUAUACAUGUCCUGUGAGUCUCUUGGUUCGGUACUGAGUUUACUUUAAUUUAUUUAUGCUGUAUGUCAUUCUGCUUCCUCCUCCCGAACCUGCUUCCAGUCCCGUUCUUUGCAGUCCCCCUGGGGUUUUGCUUUGUCUGUAUUUUGUUGUAACCUCUCGAUGUAAUAACCAGCACUUUAAAAAGGGCGACCACUGACUCACGAGAUGGAGACCACCUGGACCUGUUUGGGGAGACCACCCUGUCUGUAACCGUGACUUUCGUUUUGUUUUUAAUUAAAAAAAACAAAGAAAUCUGUCA